AUGGCUGAGCGUGUCACCCUCCGCAAGCGAAACCCCUACAACACCAAGUCGGCUCGCCGACAGAUCAUCAAGACACCCGGUGGACACCUCCGCUACCUGCACGUCCAGAAGCGCGGAACCGUCCCCAAGUGCGGUGACUGCCACUCCGACCUCAGCGGUAUCAAGGCUCACCGACCUCGCGAGUUCGGCACCAUCUCCAAGCGACAGAAGACCGUUUCGCGUGCCUACGGUGGUUCGCGAUGCUCGUCGUGCGUUCGCACCCGUAUCAUCCGCGCCUUCUUGGUCGAGGAGGCAAAGAUCGUCAAGAACGUCCUCAAGGCUCAGGCUAAGACCCAGAAGUAA